UCCCGCAGAGAGCAGCAGUUCGUUUUCCUGCCCUGAGCUGCUCGUCAUUCCUUCCAGCACCUCCGUCUACAGAGCUUCCCCUCUACGGCGCACGACGCGGUCGCCGGCCCGUGCGGAUCCUGACAAGGCCGGCAGGCCUGGGCCACGCGCGCGUGUUGCUGGGUAACGGGCCAUCUCCCGCGGCGGCUCGCCCCCUCCUGCCUCGGCUCGGCCCUCCUUCCAGAAGCUCCGGCGUCCCUUCCGAAGGGCGGGGUGGCGCCUGGCCUGGCGCAGCCGAAGUAAAGAAAUGGGAAUCUCUCCGCGGUGCACCCUUAGCGGCUACCUUCGCUGGAGAAGCGGCGGUGUCGUCCAGGAAACCGGAAGCCCAUGGUGACCCCUGGCGACCCGGUUUGGUUUGGUUCCGUUACCAAACACUGGGGAAUAGAACGUCGGCGGCCCUGGGGGCGGCCCUACGUAGCCUGGCAUCAGGUUGUCAUGGAUGCACUGGUAGAAGAUGAUAUCUGCAUUCUGAAUCAUGAAAAAGCGCAUAAGGGAGAUACAGUGACUCCAGUCUCAAUAUAUUCAGGAGAUGAGUCUGUUGCUUCACAUUUUGCCCUUGUUACUGCAUAUGAAGACAUCAAAAAAAGACUUAAGGAUUCAGAGAAAGAGAACUCUUUCUUAAAGAAAAGAAUACGAUUUUUGGAAGAAAAGCUCGUAGGAGCUCGAUUAGAUGAAGAAACAAGUUCUGUGGGACGAGAACAAGUAAAUAAGGCAUAUCAUGCAUAUCGAGAGGUUUGCAUUGAUAGAGAUAAUUUGAAGAGCAAAUUAGAUAAAAUGAAUAAAGACAACUCUGAAUCUUUGAAAGUAUUGAAUGAACAGCUACAAUCUAAAGAAGUAGAACUCCUCCAGCUAAGGACGGAGGUGGAAACUCAGCUGGUGAUGAGGAAUUUAAGUCCACCUUCAUCAAACUGGGAGGUGGAAAAGUUGAGCUGUGACCUGAAGAUCCAUGGUUUGGAACAAGAGCUGGAACUGAUAAGGAAGGAAUGUAGCGAUCUCAAAAUAGAGCUACAAAAAGCCAAACAAACGGAUCCAUCUCAGGAAGACAAUCUGAAGAGCAAAGAUCUCCAAAGACUAAGUAUUUCAAGUGAUAAUAUGCAACAUGCAUACUGGGAACUGAAGAGAGAAAUGUCUAAUUUACAUCUGGUGACUCAAGUACAAGCUGAACUACUAAGAAAACUGAAAACCCCAACUGCAAUCAAGAAAGCUUGUGCCCCAGUAGGAUGCAUUGAAGACCUUGGAAAAGACAGCACAAAACUGCACUUGACGAAUUUUACUGCAGCAUACAAAAGACAUCCCCCUCUCUCUCCAAAUGGCAAAGCUCUUUAUCAUACAUCUUCCCCUUUACCAGGAGAUAUAAAGGUUUUGUCAGAGAAAGCAAUUCUCCAAUCCUGGACAGAUAAUGAGAGAUCCAUUCCUGCUGAUGGUACAAACUUUCAGGAACACAGCUCUUAUGGCAGAAAUUCUCUAGAAGAUAAUUCUUGGGUAUUCCCAAGCCCUCCUAAAUCAAGUGAGACAGCAUUUGGGGAAACUAAAAGUAAAAUUUUGCCUUUACCCAACCUGCCACCACUGCAUUACUUGGAUCAACAUAAUCAAAACUUCUUUUAUAAACAUUAGUUCUGAAGAGAUGCAUGAUUUGAUCACGAGGAUACUAUCUCUCUCAGUGGUUCUCCCAGGAAAUUAUUUAACAAACUGAAAGUGGAUUUUUAUUAAAAUUUUGCAGAGUUCUUCAGUAUAUACAUUUGAACAUACUGUAUGAUAAUUAUGUAGUUGUGUAGUUGAUUUUUCAAUAUGAAAGAUCACUCCUCAGUUCCAUAUUCUAAGAAUCAUAUGUGAUACAAUACUAAUUAAGGUGUUUUAAAACAACAGUUCUUCCUUUGAGAAAAACUGUAAAAUUUUGCCUCUCAGAUGAAAAAGGUAAUUGGAGAUUUUUAGACAUGGUUUUACAAAGUAUGUUAAAUGCCUAAAUACACAGUCAUAAAAAUAAAAGGAAGCCAUUAAUAUAGGAGAAAAACAUGUAUGUUGCUUCAAAUUGCAUAAAGGAGCAAAUGGCAGUGUGAAUAGGUUGUAUUUCUGUUGACCUUACGAUGCAUAAAGAUAUAAAAAAUAUUAUAAUGAAAUAAGUGUCUAGGUUAUUCCAUCUCUAUAUGUUAUUGUGUUUAAAAGUUUAAGAUUUAAAAUGAUUUUUUAGUCACAAUACUGUUUGUUGAUAAAAUUUUAGAAUUGCAAAUUGGAUUCUGACUUGAAAUAAGCUGAUCAUUGAAGCCAACUUUGUCCCAGUACGUUCCUCAUGUCUAAUUGAAAAAAAAAGAUGAAGUAGUUGAAAACUGUGUGGUGUGUGAAUAAACUAUUACAACCCUAUACACCAUUCAGUUAGAAGUAGAAAGAGCAUCACACAGGUUUCAGUCUAAUCUGUCCAUUCAGUGGUCCAUGCUGAAAAUCUAAAUGUUUGUCACUGUAUAGUCAUUUUCCUCAAAGGAACUACAGCUACUUGUUAUGGACAGUAACUUACAAACUGUUAGACUUUGUUUUGAAAUGUAAUAUUUUACUUAUUGAGAAAGUUAGGUUUAAUUAAUUGAAUAAGGAAUUCUAAUUCUAGAAACCAAAUUUUGUGCUGUAUUUACGUAGUACAAUCGUGAAAUGUCCCUAAACUCUAUUGUUCUAAGUGGCCAGUUAUUUGUAACUAGUAAGGAAACAAACAACAAAGAUGGCUUCACAUGGAAAUUUAUCUGAAUUCUUUCAGGGUGGAGGUAUUAAGAAUGUUAGUAAUAUAUUACUUGGUUCAUACACCUUUUGCUUGGGAUAAAGUGUUUCAUGUAGGAGAACUUUAUCCUUUUUGAUAGAGUUUCAUAUAUCUUGAACUCAAAAGAAUAUCUCAGAUCUCUUCUUCUAUAUUACUGAAGAGCAUACAUACAUAAACAAUGUUCACCAUUCACCAGAUAUUUUUGCCUUUCUAUUAUCUUACUCACUUAUUCAGGCUUGCCUGUGAUUAAUGGAAUUGGUGUCAGAUGCUGGAAUUUAUUCUGACCAAUGAACACAGCUGACUCAGGGGAGUACAAUCACCUGACAAGUAAUAGAACAAAACCCAAUAUGCAUUAAACAAAUACAAGACUUCAGGCUUUAGCUGAAGGAGGCAACUACCUGUGUAAUAAAGCAGCAGAAAACUAUUUCUCAUGUUGCUGCAUAGUCUGUAUAUUAUAUCUAAUCUCUAAUGUAGCUUACUGGUUUACCUUUUUUAAAACCAAGAUUGGAAAUUUUCAUUUGUAAAGAAAAUGAGUCUUAGGAGAUAACAGCUUGAUUAAUGUUUUAAAUAAUGCCAAGAAAUUGUUUAAUUAAAACAACUUAAGUUUUAUUUGAAAUUGAAGUGGAUGUGAAAUACUGCCCUUGCCUGUGUAUACCCAGGUCUGGUACUAAUUGUUAGUUAUCAAUAUGAUUUAUACAACACUGUCUUGUUAAACCAACUUCUUUGAGAGAAGAAAAUUCUUUUUUAUCUAAACAAUAGAAUGGUAACUAUCAAACAGGUAUGCUAAAUGAUGUAUAAGACUCAUUAGUAAGGAAAGAUGUAUUAGCCCGUUUCUGUUGCUUAUAACAGAAUACCCAAAACUGCGUAAUUUAUAAAGAAGUAGAAUUUAUUCAAGUGUAGAGGCUGGGAAGUACAAAGUCCAGGGGCGCAUCUGGUGAGGGCCUUGUUCUUGGUGGUGACUACAUAGCAAUGCAAGUUAUAUUGCAAAUGGCUGAGCAAGAGAGCUAACCUCCUCACUUGCUCUCCUUUUAAAGCCAUCAGAACCACACUCAUUACACCAUGAUUGGAUCAAUCCAUUCACAAGAGCAUAGUCUUCACAAUCACCUCUUCCUUCAAGGUUGCAUCUUUGAAUUACCAUAACGGGAUUUCCCCCCCCCCUCUUAACACUAUGAAAAUUGAGGUUGGGUUUCUAAUACAUGAACCUUUGGGGAGAAGGUUUAACCCACAGCAAAAGAUAACCAAAAAAAUUUUUAACCUAGCCAGAAACUUUUUUUUGGAUGGCUGCCCUGUAUGGGGAUCCAAACCCUUGACCUUGGUGUUAAAACACCACACUCUAACUAACUGAACCUUCCAGCCCCCCCAGCCAGAAAUUUUUUAAUGUACACUUAAUGAUCAUCUAGGUAAGAUUCAAAAAGAAAUGAGUGGCCCAUGAAUGGCUUAUGAUUUUCUUAAAAUUGAAAAUUUUAGGUUGACCUCUCAUACUAGUUGAAAUUUGCUCCAAAUAGCUUCUUUUGAAAUUUUCUUUAAUCUUUAGAUUUAUUUUUAUAAGAUAACCCAAUUCAGCACAUCCAUAACGGAACAGAAUGAAGAGAACACAGAAAACAACACACAUUCUUUCCUCUUGAUCCCUUAUCAGUAAAAUUUACAUCUCUAAAAGGAAGAUUUUUUUAAUUGCGUUGCUGCCAAAAUGGAACAAUUCAUAAGUAGAACAGGGACAUACUUAUGUGAAACAUUAGGAAACCAAAAUAGAUAGGGGGGAAAUUCAGACUUAAUCAUGUGACAACAAAGUAAUAAUCUUAUCCAGAAAGGCUUCUUGGAGAAGGUAACUCUUGAGGGGUUAAAAAAAAACAACCCAUGGAUUGUCACUUGUGAACAAGGAAUAACAUAAGCAGAGGCACCAAUGAGCAAGCAAGACGCAACUGAGGCAGCUGAGUGUGGACAGGCAUACAUGUUCUGGAUGCUAUAAUGGUUUAGUUUUUGACAUGAUAAAGAGGGACAAACCCAUUAUUUAUACUAUUUAAUUUGCCUGGCACCUAUGGGGAAAGUGACAUCUAUGUAACUGAACUUUCCACGUAAAAUUGAAGUCUGCUUUGAUUUUAAUCAAAAUUAUAUAAUGGUCAGAUGAUUUCACCAGCUUCUUAAAGUAACUGUUUUGCCUUUCUUCAUUUGAACCAUCAUUAAAAACAAGAAUUAAGGUCCUGUGCUCUAGGAAAUGCACGAAAACCAAAAGGCCAACAGGAAUAUAGGCUUGUUUGCCCCUAUGCUGUGUGGUCUCUGGAUUUCUUUAUUUGCUUUGCUUUUGUCUGUUCUAGUAAUCUCCCUCCUUUUGAUCUGUGGCCUGGGAAAAUGUGGUUUCUUUGUAUUUCAAAUAAGAGUAAAAUAGUUCUUUGAGUGGCUCACUCGAGUAAAGUGUGGAACUUAAA